UUCAAUAUGGUGUACUUCAGUAAUAUUUUUAUUUGUUCCUUCAUUUUAUUUGUAACAUUAAGCUCGUCGUUUGUUAGCGCGAUGACGAGAGAACAAAUUAAAAACUCUGGAAAAUUGAUCAAAAAGACGUGUAUGGCGAAAAAUGAUGUCACUGAAGAUCAAGUGAAAGACGUGGACAAAGGAAAAUUCAUAGAAGAGAAACCGUUCAUGUGUUACAUAGCUUGCGUCUACAAAAUGGGACAAACCAUCAAAGGUAACACUGUAAACCACGACAUGAUGAUCAAACAAGUAGAAAUGAUGUUUCCAAACGAAAUGAAGGCUCCGAUGAAAGCGGCUAUAGAACACUGCAGACCAGUUGUGAAAAAAUACAAAGAUGUCUGUGAAGUAUCUUAUUGGACGGCAAAAUGCAUUUACGAGUUCGACCCUCCCAAUUUCAUGUUUCCUAGUGCCAUGAUGGAUCGAAAAAGAUUGUGUUUGUUGAUUAUUGCUUUGUUUCUGGCACAAGGAAGUGAUGCCAUGUCUAGGCAACAAUUAAAAAAUUCGGGAAAGAUGUUAAAGAAAAACUGUAUGAACAAAAAUCAGGUGACUGAAGACCAAAUAGGAAGUAUAGAUAAAGGAAAAUUCGUAGAAGAUAAGAAAGUAAUGUGUUACAUAGCUUGCAUCUUUGAAAUGACAAAUGUGGUAAAGAACAAUAAGUUGAACUAUGACGCGUCGAUCAAACAGAUCGAUCUCAUGUAUCCGCCUGAUCUGAAGGAAUCCGCGAAGGCUGCCGUCGAGAAGUGCAAAGACGUUCAAAAGAAAUACAAGGACAUCUGCGAAGCAUCGUAUUGGACAGCGAAAUGCAUGUACGAUUUCAAACCAGAAGAUUUUAUAUUUGCGUGAUUUUGGAUUAUAUUACUCUAGCAAU